GGGGGUGCCAUACAUCAAGGCUCCAUGUGAGGCAGAGGCGAGCUGCACUGCUCUGGUUAAGGCGGUAGUCGCCACGGCAACAGAAGAUACGGACAGCCUGACAUUUGGAGCAGGGGUCCUACUGAGGCACCUCACCCCCAGCGACGCAAAGUACUACUGCAGUUUAUAUACCACCUUACCCAUCUUUCAUCCCAGUCAUACAGUUUAUCUAACAGUAUUAUAACAAUAGAAGCUGUGUGUGUGUUGUAUAUUUUGUUUUUGAGGUUACUUGUAACAUUUCUGUUUCUCUAUCUUAGGAAGCUUCCUAUCCUUCUGUGAGUUCACCUGUGUUGUGACUGUCAAACUUUGUAAGAGUUUGUAAUCCCAAUUCUCCAUUGUUUCAUUUGCUCCUCUUAAACACACACAUGCACGACAGUCCCACAUAAUAAGCAGUCCCUAGUUUGAGUUCCAAACUGUCACGCAGCAGUUAUCCCAUUCCCAGAAGUCAGUGUGAGUGUUUGUCUCCUUGGCCCCUUGCAGAAGCACCCUGCCCCAGAGGACUGCCUGUAUAAGGAGUCCAGAGGUCUGUUCCUGCAGCCUGACAUUGUGGACUGCUCCACAGUAACCUCAAGUGGAGCGAGCCCGACAAGGACACCCUUAUCCAGUUCAUGUGUGCAGAGAAACAGUUCAGUGAGGACUGCAUCAAGAACAGCUGUAAGAAGAUGAUGAAGAGCCGACAAGGCAGCACACCGGGAUGACUGGACUCUAUUCACCAUCAUUGGCUCUCUGAGAGAGAAACCUAUACAUAUUCAAUGCAUUUCAGUGCCUUUAAACAGGGUAUAGUAGUAGGUGCCAGGCACACCGGUUUGAGUGUGUCAAGAACUGCAACGCUGCUGGGUUUUUCACACUCAACAGUUUCCUGUGUGUAUCAAGGACAUUCAGCCAACUUGACACAACUGUGGGAAGCAUUGGAGUCAACAUGCAACUCAAUAUUAGGAAGAUGUUUAGUACACUCAGUGUAUACCAUACAUCAUCUAUGUUUGAUUAAUAAAAAACAUUGUCCACACCAUACUGUAUCCAUAUUAAAAUAAUCCUUUUUAUUUAGGAAAUGGUAGACCGGUGCAACAAGAAAUGGGAGACCGGUGCAACCCCGGGCAAAUAGACUUCAAAGAGGAAGUUAAGCAAGGAAAAAGGAAGUUGAGGAGUGUGCGUGAUAAUUAGACAACUACAAUUAGAGUGUCUAGCCAAGUCUGUUCUUCAUGUUGAAAAUGUGAGAAUGGGGUAGUGGUUAACGUAUUCCAAUUAAACUAGCAAGUUUUAUUGAAUAAAAGUAAUAGUGAAUUUUGUAUUUUGAUUUAUAUUUUUCUAAAUCCCACAUGCAUUCCCAUUUAAGCCCGGAGAUAUAGGGCGGUGAGAUGGUUCUAUUGACAAAAGCUUUGUUUGCUGCAUUUUUUGUUGUUGAAUUUUUCAUGACGGAAACAAAUUGUGGAAGGUUUAAUAGAAAGGGGAUGUUUCAAAUAUUAGCAUAUACACAUUUGCUUGCGCUCUUUCACAUCUGAUUAGGACGCCCAGCACAUAGCCUUUUAAAGCAUCCACUUUAAGGCCCAGUGCAGUCAAAAAUGUGGUUUCCCUGUGUUUUAUGUAUACAUUGAGUGUAUAAACAUUAUUAACACCUGCCUUUUCCAUGACCUAGACUGACAAGGUGGGUCCAGGUGAAAGCUAUGAUCCCUUAUGGAUGUCACUGGUUAAAUCCACUUCAAUCAGUGUCGUUAGAGGGGUGGAGACAGGUUAAGGAAGGAUUUUUAAGCCUUGAGACAAUUAAGAAAUGGAUUGCGCAUGUGUGCCAUUAAGAGGUUGAAUGGGCAGGACAAGAUUUAAGUGCCUUUGAAUGGGGUAUGGGAAAGGGAAAGGGGGAUACCUAGUCAGUUGUACAACAAUGCAUACAACUGAAAUGUUCAGGGGCAGAAUGACAGAUUUUUUACCUUGUCAGCUCGGGGAUUCAAUCCAGCAACCUUUUUGGUUCCUGGCCCAACGCUCUAAUGGUAGUAGGUGCCAGGCACACCAGUUUGUGUCGAGAAGUGCAACACUGCUGGGUUGCACCCAAAAGACAUCUAACCAACUAGAUACAACUGUGGGAAGCAUAUAGUGUUAGCAUCCUUGUUAAUUGCUUUCGACACCUUGUAGAGUCCAUGCCCUGACAAAUUUAGGCUGUUCUGACGGGGACGGGGGGGAUAUUGCCCUUUUAAUGUAAGAGCUUUUUGAAAAGACUGCCUGAAGUUUCUGCCUGCUUUUGGUGGAAUGGAGUUUUGGCCAGUCUGGUGACAUCACCAGUCGGUAAACUACUUAAAAUACCAAUCAGAGAGUUCUAAACCUCUCUGCCAGUAACAGCUAGCUUUCCAUCUUCCACUCCCCACUCAGACCACACCUGACAGUCCUAGCAAAAUUCAUGCUUGAGAAAUUGCUCAUGCUAAGAAGCUAUUUUUGUUUAUUUCUGACCAUUUUAAUUGAAAACAAUCACAGUAAGAGCAAACUCGUGUUAAAUGCCUUGCUCAAGGGCACAUCAACAGUUUUUUCACCUUGUCGGCUCUGGUAUUCUAACCAGCAACCAUUCGGUAACUGGACAAACAGUCUAAACGCUAGGCAUAGUAAUAGGAAGUAUGUGACUGAUGCAACUCAAUUUAAUUUUAACACUGUUGUUUGUCAGAAACCACUACGGGUGUGUGAUAGCUUCUCCUUUCCUGUGGAUGGUUUUCAUGAUUGUAAGGUGAAUGUGAAUUCUGACAUGGCAUGUAGUACUGACAACAUGUUUCUCAUUGGCCUCUUUAUGUCAGGUGUUUUGGCCUGUUUUGGCCAAAGACAUUUGAUCACCACAAUGCCAGAGAAAUUGGAUGUACUGAGUGGCUCCUGUGUUCAAAUCCCAUGUGCAUUUGAUGUUCCUCAAGAUUGCUCUACAUUUAACAGCACAGUAAUUACCUCCGGAGUGUGGAUUAAAGAAUCACCGUACUUUGGUGGCAGGCUGAACAUUGUGAUAUUUAACAGUAGUAAGACAUACAACACCUAUCAAGGGAAGAUAACUGGAAACAUGUCCUGGAAGGACUGCACCACAGUCUUCUUCAAUGUAACCUCUAGUUACACUAACAGCUACUUCUUCAGAAUUGAGAGUAGACCAUUCAGCGCAACAGACCCUGAGAAGUCUGUUCAUAUAGCUGUCAGAGAUUUGCCUCUCAGACCCAAAAUUACUGUCUCAGGUGAGAUGAAGGAAGAGAGGCCUGUCAGUUUGAACUGCUCUGCUGCAGCUCCCUGUCCCAAACACUCUCCUAAACUGACAUGGACUCUCCCAACCCUGUUUACACCUGAGAACCAACUGCAAGAGAAUUCAGAUCAAACCAAAUCUGUUCUCUCCACGGUGACAUUCACUGCUUCACACCUUCAUCAUGAGAAGAACAUCACUUGUACUGCAGUCUACCCAGUGGGAACAAGCAACAAGACAGCUGAACAUACCAUGACGCUUAACGUUUUAUUCUCUCCUAAAAACACCUCAGCCUCCCUCAGUCCAGCUGAUCCAGUAUCAGUGGGCAGUUGUGUGAAUCUGACCUGCAGCAGCACAGCCAACCCUCCUGUGACAAACUUCACCUGGUUCCAGAUUUGUGGGGGUAAACCAACACAGGUAGCAUCUGGACAGACCUACACCAUCAAUGUGACUGUUGGUGAUGGAGGGAUGUACUACUGUGAAGCAAGAAAUAAUCACGGCAUUGAGAAGUCAAUGAAAGUGCUUCUAGCUAUUGAAGGGCAAGAAGAGCCUCUUAACCCAAGCGUUUUGGGAAUUGCAGGAGCAGGAGGAACCUUGGGAGUAAUUUUGCUAAUCAUCCUGAUCACUUUCUUUGGAUGGAAGAGAAAAUCUAGGCUCCCUGAUGGACUUGAAAGGACAGACAAUCCACUGGGACAGAACUCCCCAGUUGGGAUGGUGUAUACUAAUCAGGCCAUGACCGGAGAGGAACCAGAGGAACCAGCAGAAGACCAGCCUGAGGAGAUCCACUACGGUGAGAUAGACUUCUCCAAACUUCGGCCCAAAGAGACACCAGCUGUAGCCCUGGACAGGGAACAGGGGCAGGAGAGUGAAUACGCUGAAGUCAGUGUGACCAGGAGAGGGGCCCAGGAACCUCCAGUUAAAACUACUUCAGGAUCGGUGUCCGUUCCACGGGACGGUUGAGCUAACGUAGGCUAAUGCGAUUAGCAUGAGGUUGUAAGUAACAAGAAAAUUUCCCAGGACAUAGACAUGUCUGAUAUUGGCAGAAAGCUUACA